GCAGUCAGCCAUUUUCUCUAUCGGAUGAUACUUGCAGUUAUUUCCUAGUUACAAGUUACAAUGUUUUAAAUACAUAUGUGCCUAAUCUUUAAGUUUCUUUCAUUAAUUUCUAUUUUUUUCUUCAUGUAUCUCAUUUGUCACUCAUUUCGCAAUCAAAGAUUAUCGUCACAUUAAAAACAGAAGAUAAAUCUGAUCAUCUACUCCGAUGUGAAAUUUUGCAAUCUGAAAUAGAUAAAUCGUUAUCAUUGAAUUUAUUUUAUUUUAUUUAAUUUUAUUUUAUUAUAAUAUUUUUUAUGUAAUUAUAAAAUUAUUUUUAUAAAUUUAAUUUUCUACAAAGAAAGAAUCAUGAGUCUUAAAUUGUACUAUGAUUUAUUAUCACAACCAAGUAGAACACUUUAUAUAUUUUUAAAAAUUUGUGAUAUACCAUUUGAAGCAAAAUUAAUAAAUUUAGCAAAAGGUGAACAAUUUAUAUCAAAGUAUCAAAAUAUUCAUCCCUUUCAAAAAGUACCAGCUAUUGAACACAAUGGUUUUAAUAUGAUAGAAAGCGUUGCAAUUUUGAGAUAUAUCUGUAGAGAAUUUAACAUAGCUGAUCAUUGGUAUCCUAAAGACUCAAAACUUCAACUUAGAGUUGAUGAAUAUCUUGAAUGGCAUCAUUUAAAUACCAGACUACAUUGUAGUAUGUAUUUUCUUAAGAAGUUUUUAAUACCAAAAUUAAGUGGACAAGAAACAACAGUGACACAAGAAAACAUUAUGAAAUAUGAAAAAAAUAUGAUUAAAAUACUUGAUGUUUUAGAAAAUGUUUGGUUAAAAGACAAAAUUUUUUUAACUGGUUCUGAAAUUAGUAUUGCUGAUAUUCUUGCAGCAUGUGAAGUGGAGCAAGUUCGAAUAGUUGGAUAUAAUCUCCAAGAAAAUCGACCUCAUAUAGCUGCAUGGAUGAAAUAUGUUGAAAAUAAAACAAGUCCUUAUUAUCAAGAAGCACAUAUAUUUUUAAACAAGCUUGCAACUAAGACAAAACAAGAUGUAAAGAGCAAGAUUUAAGAUUUUAUUCAUCAUAUAUGUAUUAGAUGGGUAUAGCAAUUUGAUUUUAUAUAAUAUAAUAUUUUUAAUAUUUUCAUUUUUUUUGUUUAUAUUUUUAUAUUUACUACUGUUCAUUUAAGAGUAUCAUUUACAUAAAGAUUUAUAUCAUUGAGUA